CUCCACUAGAGCCCCCACCAAUAGUGGUAGUGGUGACGGGGCCUCCAAAGUUGGAAAGAGCACUUUGAUAUAAUGCCUCAUUCGGAACUUCACCUGGCAGAAGUUGACCGAGAUCAGAGGCCCUGUGACAAUCGUGUCAGGUAAAAAGCGCAGACUCACCAUUAUUGAAUGUGGAUGUGACGUUAACAUGAUGAUUGAUCUGGCUAAAGUAGCAGAUCUGGUACUGAUGCUUAUAGAUGUCAGCUUUGGGUUCGAAAUGGAAACGUUUGAGUUUCUAAACAUCUGUGAAGUACAUGGCUUUCCUAAAAUUAUGGGAGUUCUCACCCACCUCGACUCCUUCAAGCAUAAUAAGCAACUGAAGAAGACAAAGAAGCGAUUAAAACACAGGUUCUGCACAGAAGUUUACCAGGUUGCGAAGCUGUUCUACCUUUCUGGAAUGGUGCAUGGAGAAUAUCAAAACCAAGAAAUCCACAAUCUGGGCCAUUUUAUUACAGUUAUGAAGUUUAGGCCUCUCACAUGGCAAACUUCUCACCCUUAUAUCCUGGCAGACAGGAUGGAAGAUUUGACAAACCCGGAGGAUAUCUGAACACGCAUCAAAUGUGACCGGCAGGUGUCACUUUAUGGUUAUUUAAGAGGAGCGCACUUGAAAAAUAAAAGCCAAAUUCACAUGCCAGGACGAGGUGGGGCCCAGCCAUGAGCUGGUCUAGAGUCUCAUCUCCACCUACUCCACCAUUGAUGCCAAGAUGGCUUCAAGUCGAGUGAUGCUGUUUUCCGAUUCCAAACCACUUGGGUCAGAGGCUGUAGAUAAUCAAGGAUAAGUCUGCUUUUUUUCUAUUUUUAAUAAAAAGAUAUAUUACAGAAGAUCAUAUCACCCGUAAUUCUGCCAUCAUAACACAUUUUGGUGGGAUUCAUUCUGUGUUGUUUUGUUUUUCUUUGUGUGUGCAUGUGUCUCUGAGGGCUCUUCACUUACCUGACAUUACGAGGGAGUCUUAUCUUAAAAAAAAAUACAGGAUGCAUUUUUCAACAGACCUCAAAUAUUCCUCAAAUACCACGCCAUCUUCCAUAGGUUGCUUUUUUGGUUUUUAAGAGACCUGAUGCCACUUGACUUUCUUUUGGUGGCCAAAACACUAGAGCAGAGUCAGGGAGUUUGUGGCUGUCCAGAAGCCACAUGCCUUGUCUCUGAAAGUUUUAUUUAGAUUAUGUUGUAUUAUCUCCCAUGGGUAGGUUUCCACUGAUGUGUGGCUUAAGUGAAUUAUUUUUCAGCCUGGGUUGGGAAUUUGUAUACCUUUAUGCUUAGUGGAUGUUUGCAAAACAUUGAUUUUGUUGUAUUGAUUUAUGACUCCCAGUAAAAUUUAUCUGAAUAUUUUGAGAUAACGUAGUAUGUAAUUUGUUACAAUGUGCAUAGACUGCCUACCACAGUGCCUGACAUAAUGAGUGUUAUUAGCUAUUUUCAUUUUUGCGUAUCCUUCUAGUCAUCCUUGUCUACAAGAAUACUCUCUUCUAAUAUAGUUACAGGUAAAAUACAUAAUUUUAUUUCUAUAUUCUGAGCAUUUUUUUCUAUACAGUCUUUAUGUAGUCAUGAUUUUGUUGUUACCAAUUUUUUUUGUUAUUGUGGUUUCUUUGUUUUUGUUUUUGUUUUGAGAUAAGGUCUCACUUUGUCUCCCAGGCUGGGGUGCAGUGGCGUGAUCUUGGCUCACUGCAGCCUUGAACUCCCAGGCUCAAGUGAUCCUCCCACUUCAGCCCCACAAAUAGCUAGGACUACAGGAGUGCACCACCACUCCCAGAUAUUUUUUUUUUGUUUUGUUCUAGGGAUGAGUUCUCACUAUGUUGCCUAGGCUGGUCUUGAACUCCUGGGCUCAAGCAAUCCUCUCGACUUGCCCUCCCAAAAUCCUGGGAUUACAUAUGUGAGCCACUAUGCCUGGCCUGUCAUUCCUGUAUUCUAACUUAUCCAUCUCUUAUGUGUCAGAGAUGGCUUUGGAUUCCCCAUUCUGUGUGCUCCUGUCUGGCUCCUGAACCCAGCUGGAGAUGUGUGUCAAUCCCAACUGGUGAAGUACUGAAAGGAAGCUACACAAAAGGCAGCAAGGUACUGAUGCUUAUAGAUGUCAGCUUUGGGUUCGAAAUGGAAACGUUUGAGUUUCUAAACAUCUGUGAAGUACAUGGCUUUCCUAAAAUUAUGGGAGUUCUCACCCACCUCGACUCCUUCAAGCAUAAUAAGCAACUGAAGAAGACAAAGAAGCGAUUAAAACACAGGUUCUGCACAGAAGUUUACCAGGUUGCGAAGCUGUUCUACCUUUCUGGAAUGGUGCAUGGAGAAUAUCAAAACCAAGAAAUCCACAAUCUGGGCCAUUUUAUUACAGUUAUGAAGUUUAGGCCUCUCACAUGGCAAACUUCUCACCCUUAUAUCCUGGCAGACAGGAUGGAAGAUUUGACAAACCCGGAGGAUAUCUGAACACGCAUCAAAUGUGACCGGCAGGUGUCACUUUAUGGUUAUUUAAGAGGAGCGCACUUGAAAAAUAAAAGCCAAAUUCACAUGCCAGUGUCAGAGAUGGCUUUGGAUUCCCCAUUCUGUGUGCUCCUGUCUGGCUCCUGAACCCAGCUGGAGAUGUGUGUCAAUCCCAACUGGUGAAGUACUGAAAGGAAGCUACACAAAAGGCAGCAAGGUACUGAUGCUUAUAGAUGUCAGCUUUGGGUUCGAAAUGGAAACGUUUGAGUUUCUAAACAUCUGUGAAGUACAUGGCUUUCCUAAAAUUAUGGGAGUUCUCACCCACCUCGACUCCUUCAAGCAUAAUAAGCAACUGAAGAAGACAAAGAAGCGAUUAAAACACAGGUUCUGCACAGAAGUUUACCAGGUUGCGAAGCUGUUCUACCUUUCUGGAAUGGUGCAUGGAGAAUAUCAAAACCAAGAAAUCCACAAUCUGGGCCAUUUUAUUACAGUUAUGAAGUUUAGGCCUCUCACAUGGCAAACUUCUCACCCUUAUAUCCUGGCAGACAGGAUGGAAGAUUUGACAAACCCGGAGGAUAUCUGAACACGCAUCAAAUGUGACCGGCAGGUGUCACUUUAUGGUUAUUUAAGAGGAGCGCACUUGAAAAAUAAAAGCCAAAUUCACAUGCCAGGACGAGGUGGGGCCCAGCCAUGAGCUGGUCUAGAGUCUCAUCUCCACCUACUCCACCAUUGAUGCCAAGAUGGCUUCAAGUCGAGUGAUGCUGUUUUCCGAUUCCAAACCACUUGGGUCAGAGGCUGUAGAUAAUCAAGGAUAAGUCUGCUUUUUUUCUAUUUUUAAUAAAAAGAUAUAUUACAGAAGAUCAUAUCACCCGUAAUUCUGCCAUCAUAACACAUUUUGGUGGGAUUCAUUCUGUGUUGUUUUGUUUUUCUUUGUGUGUGCAUGUGUCUCUGAGGGCUCUUCACUUACCUGACAUUACGAGGGAGUCUUAUCUUAAAAAAAAAUACAGGAUGCAUUUUUCAACAGACCUCAAAUAUUCCUCAAAUACCACGCCAUCUUCCAUAGGUUGCUUUUUUGGUUUUUAAGAGACCUGAUGCCACUUGACUUUCUUUUGGUGGCCAAAACACUAGAGCAGAGUCAGGGAGUUUGUGGCUGUCCAGAAGCCACAUGCCUUGUCUCUGAAAGUUUUAUUUAGAUUAUGUUGUAUUAUCUCCCAUGGGUAGGUUUCCACUGAUGUGUGGCUUAAGUGAAUUAUUUUUCAGCCUGGGUUGGGAAUUUGUAUACCUUUAUGCUUAGUGGAUGUUUGCAAAACAUUGAUUUUGUUGUAUUGAUUUAUGACUCCCAGUAAAAUUUAUCUGAAUAUUUUGAGAUAACGUAGUAUGUAAUUUGUUACAAUGUGCAUAAACUGCCUACCACAGUGCCUGACAUAAUGAGUGUUAUUAGCUAUUUUCAUUUUUGCGUAUCCUUCUAGUCAUCCUUGUCUACAAGAAUACUCUCUUCUAAUAUAGUUACAGGUAAAAUACAUAAUUUUAUUUCUAUAUUCUGAGCAUUUUUUUCUAUACAGUCUUUAUGUAGUCAUGAUUUUGUUGUUACCAAUUUUUUUUGUUAUUGUGGUUUCUUUGUUUUUGUUUUUGUUUUGAGAUAAGGUCUCACUUUGUCUCCCAGGCUGGGGUGCAGUGGCGUGAUCUUGGCUCACUGCAGCCUUGAACUCCCAGGCUCAAGUGAUCCUCCCACUUCAGCCCCACAAAUAGCUAGGACUACAGGAGUGCACCACCACUCCCAGCUAUUUUUUUUUUUGUUUUGUUCUAGGGAUGAGUUCUCACUAUGUUGCCUAGGCUGGUCUUGAACUCCUGGGCUCAAGCAAUCCUCUCGACUUGCCCUCCCAAAAUCCUGGGAUUACAUAUGUGAGCCACUAUGCCUGGCCUGUCAUUCCUGUAUUCUAACUUAUCCAUCUCUUAUGUGUCAGAGAUGGCUUUGGAUUCCCCAUUCUGUGUGCUCCUGUCUGGCUCCUGAACCCAGCUGGAGAUGUGUGUCAAUCCCAACUGGUGAAGUACUGAAAGGAAGCUACACAAAAGGCAGCAAGUCUGUAGCCGGGCGCAGUGGCUCACGCCUGUAAUCCCAGCACUUUGGGAGGCCAAGGCAGGCGGAUCACGAGGUCAAGAGAUCGAGACCAUCCAGGCUAACACGGUGAAACCCCCAUCUCUACUAAAAAUACAAAAGAUUAGCUGGACAUGGUAACGGGUGCCUGUAGUCCCAACUACUCUGGAGGCUGAGGCCGGAGAAUGGCGUGAACUCAGGAGGCAGAGGUUGCAGUGAGCCGAGAUUGUGCCACUGCACUCCAGCCUGGGUGACAGAGCAAGACUCCAUCUCAAAAAAAAAAAAAAAAAAAGUCUGUUAAAAUAAAGGUCAUCAAAAGAUCUUUUCCUAAACCUUUCCUUUACCAGAAAUAUCUCUAGAGUCACAUGGUCCUUUCUCCCUUCUUGCUUUUGUAGGAGUCCAAAGCUAAUCUGUCCCUGAUCUGGAUUGCAUGCACCUGUGCCUUUUGGGGCCCUUCUGCAUUCAUUCUUCCUUCUCUUCUAACCUCAAAAAUGUGUUUUCUCUUUUGGCUCUUUCCCUUUAACAUAGAAGUAUACUCACACUUUUGUUGAAUCUUGGAAUAAAAGGCUUCCUUUACCACAUAUCUCCCUUUAAUACUACAUCUCUCUUCUCAGCCAAAUACUUGGGAAAAGAAGCCCUGAGUUUGUGUCAUUGUUUUCUCACCUCCAGUUCACUACUUUACCCACUGCCUGACAUCCAGCUCGCUCACACACACACACAAGCCCAAUCACUAAGUUGCCAUAGCUGAUUUGUAGCUUUCCUGCCCUCUUGGCAGAAUUUGACUCUGCAUUGGGAUAAUACAUGUUGAGUACCUAUUGAACAGGCACUGUGCUAGGUGCUGCUGUUAUAGAAAUGAGAAGAAGGCAUCACCUCCUUUCUAACAACUCACAGGAGCAGCCAUUCCUGAUUGAUACACGUCUCUUGACUCCCAGUGCUCACUUUUGCAAGCUUCACUUAAUGCCGUGUAAAUCACCCUAUUCUCUAGGUCUUCUUUCUUCCCAGUUCUCCUUACUGUACACAACUUGUCAAGGCAGUCACCUCCACGCCCAUGGCUUCAGUUGCUUUCUCCAUUCUCUGAGAACAAUAGAAUUUUAAAUGCUUUUUUUCAUGUAUUAGCUUUAUUUUAUACAAGAUGCCUCACUUGCUGUAACCAUAGAUUCAAAGUUGCUCCAUGAAAGUAAUAAAUGAAAAAUGGUGACAUUUUUAGCAUGUAAAUUUUAGGAAAUUUCCUCAGUUACUCUUAAUGGCUUGAUUUAGUAUGUGUGUUAUUUUUGAAAACAUAUGUUGGGAUGUCACAAAUGGACUUAGCCUACAGAGGUUUAUAUUCAACUUUUGACCAGAGAGUUCCAUUUUAAUGUGACACUGAGAGUAAAAAACUAUCUUUUCCUCCUUACCCAUUUCUCUUCCUACAUUCUCUGCCAGGAGGAAGGCACUGCUACAUACCCAGUCUUCCCCAGUAGAGCCUGAGCAGCUCUGUUUUCCCUCUACUUCCUGUCUUCUUUCACAUCUCAUGACCAAGCACUUCCUAUUCUGUCUCCCAAAUGAUCACAGACUUUUUCCUCCACUUUUGUCACUGCCACUGCCCUUAGCAUUACUCUGCCUUUAGAGAAAGUCUCUUAAUUGGUUUGAUUGCUUCCUUCAGUCCUUGCUUGUUGUACAGACCACUACACACACAUCUGACAGAGACUUUUCACCUUUUUAUGGUUCAACGACUCAAAUUCCCAGAAUAAAAUUAAAACCACCCCAGGAUCAAAUUUGAGGUCAAAUAGAGGUGGGUUUGUAUCCCAGGUUCAUAUACUGUCCAGCAGUAUGGUCUCAGAAAACUGACUUCCUUAAGUUCUUGUUUGUGUAUCUGCCUACACUCAUUGAGAGUUGGGACUAUUUCACACAUACAGUGUGUGGCAUGUAGAAGGGACUUAAUCAAUGUUGAAAGAAGGGGAGGCAUUUUAAAAUCCACAUCAAAAAAAAGUUGUUCUGUUCGGGAGUGGUGGCUCACGCCUGUAAUCCCAGCACUUUGGGAGGCCAAGGCAGGUGGAUCACCUGAGGUCAGGAGUUCGAGAUCAGCCUGAACAACGUGGUGAAACCCCAUCUCUACUAAAGAUACAAACAUUAGCUGAGCAUGGUGGUGGGCUCCUGUAAUCCCAGCUACUUAGGAGGCUUAGGCACUUGAAUGAGAAUCACUUGAACCCAGGAGGUGGAGGUUGCAGUGAGCAACGAUUGUGCCACUGCCUGGGCAACAGAGUGAGACUCUGUCUCAAAAAAAAAUAAAAAAUAAAAAAAUAUGAAAAAUUCUUUUAAAAAUAUACUAAUCUGGCUGGGCAUGGUGGCUCAUGCCUGUAGUCCUAGCACUUUGGGAGGCUGAAGCGGGUGCAUCACCAGCCUGACCAACAUGGAGAAAGCCCAUCUGUACUAAAAAUACAAAAUUAGCCGGGCAUGGUGGUGCAUGCCUGUAAUCCCAGCUACUUGGGAGGCUGAGGCAGGAGAAUCACUUGAGCCCGGGAGGCAGAGGUUGCAGUGAGACAAGAUUGCGCCAUUGCACUCCCGCCUGGGCAACAAGAGUGAAACUCCAUCUCAAAAAAAAAAAAAAAAAAAAAUAGUGUUCAGCAAGGCUGAAGCAUAAAAGGUUAAUAGAAUCAUUUAUCACUUGUAUUUCUAUACAUCUACAAGACACCAUCUGAAAAUGAAAUCAGAGAAACAAUUUCAUUGGGUAACAAGAGCAAAACUUCGUCUCAAAAUAAUAAUAAUAAUAAUCUACAAUGUCAUCUCCCUUCCAAGCUUGACUUCCACCUUUACUUUCUGAUACGGUUUUGCCGUGUCCCCACCCAAAUCUCAUCAUGAAUUAUAAUCCCCAGAAUCCUGAUGUGUCGAUGGAGGGGCCUAGGGGGAGGUGAUUGGAUCAUGGGGGCAGUUUUCUUCAUGCUGUUCUUGUGAUAUUCAGUAAGUCCUCAUGAGAUCUUAAUGGAUUUUGUUUUGUUUGGUUUUGUUUUGUUUUUUGGGAUGGAGUCUUGCUCUGUUGCCCAGGCAGGAGUGCCAUGGCACGAUCUUGGCUCACUGCAGCCUCUGCCUCCUGGGUCCAGUGAUUCUCCUGCCUCAGCCUCCUGAGUAGCUGGGAUUACAGGCAUGCACCACCACACCCAGCUAAUUUUUGUAUUUUUAGUAGAGACAGGAUUUCACUGCAUUAGCUAGGCUGGUCCCAAACUCCCGACCUCAGUUGAUCCACCUGCCUUGGCUUCCCAAAGUACUAGGGUUACAAGUGUGAGCCACCAUGCCCAGCUGAGAUCUGAUGGUUUUAUACAUGUUUGACAGUUGCUCCUUCACAUGUUCCCACUGUCUGUGCGGCCACCAUGUAAGUUGGACUUGCCCUUCUGCCAUGAUUGUAAGUUUCCUGAGGACUUACUGCCCUUCUGCCAUGAUUGUAAGUUUCCUGAGGACUUACUGCCCUUCUGCCAUGAUUGUAAGUUUCCUGAAGGACUUCCCCUUCUGCCAUGAUUGUAAGUUUCCUGAGGCCUCCCCAGCCAUGUGAAACUUUGAGUCAAUUAAACCUCUUUCCUUUAAAAUUUACCCAACCUCAGGUAUUUCUUUAUAUCAGUGUGAAAACAGACUACUAUACUUUCUGAUAAUCAUGCUUAAGGAAUUAGGGAAUUCAGACUACCUGAGAUCAAACUGUGGCCCCACCCUUAGCAGUCUUGUGACCUUGGGGAGGUUACUUACCUUCUCCAUCUCAACAACUUCUGUAAAAUCUGUAAAAUGAGAUUGUUUCUCAGGGUUAAAUGAGCAUAGCACAGUGGGGACACUGUCAGGCACACACUACUUGCCAGAUGUCGAGUAUUCAUCUUUAUUGAAAUAGGACUGUGGUAACCCACUUUAUGGUUCUCGAUUUUGUAUGACAAAAUCAUGCUUAGUGCCUUGUUAGUAAAAGAAAGAAAAUCUGAAAGUCCCUGCCAUGGAAGGAAGAAAUAGCGGGGAGAAAAGGGGGUUGGUAAGUUUCAGCAUUUCAGAGCUUGGAGGGACAAGUUAGGUUUCUAUUUUAUGGAGAAGGAGGUGGAGGCAGGAUAGGUCAUUCAAGACACACAGCCAUAACUCUUUAUUGAGAGUAAGUUAGGGCCCCAGGGAUUGCUGUGGUUAAAUUGCAGACAAAAACAACCACUCAUUGGAAGACAGGAGAGGAGUGUUUACUAACAAAAGCCGUCAGCAAUUCAAGGUUAUUUAUAUUCAGUCAGCAAAUAAAAGUUGUUCAACUUGGUUGCUAAUGGGACCCACUCUACUGAGGCUUUGUAUAGAACUCAUAGAGGAAGAUGGCUUCAAGUAGUGAACUACCCUGUGCUUUUCUUAGAACUAAAAUCUCAGGAAGCUGGUGAUGAAUGAAAACCUUAGUCCCAUUGGCACUGCACGAGGGGCCAGGAGAGCAGCAGCAUCAUAAGGCACAGGGUGGGGCAGCCCAGGCAGGGGCAUUCUGAGCUGUUGGGGGAGGGGUGGCAGUUAGGGUGGGGCAUUGUGAGCUGUCAGGGAGGGCAUUGUGAAGUGUGGGGUGGGGCAUUGUGUGCCACAUGCCUGGGCUCCCACCUGGGUCAGUGGGCUUCAGUCUGUAGGUGACUACAGAAGGAGGAGGAGCUCCGUCUGUUCUCUCUUCAGGCAGUUGUUGUGUCUCUCAGCGCUUGUUGGGUUCACAACCUAUUAAAUAAGCCGGCUGGUCUUCACCCUCCCAGACAAGUCAACUCAGGGGAGGCGGCAGGGUGCGGGCCUUGGCCCGCAGCCCUAGCCAGGGCCGGGGCCAGGGCCGGUGCCCGGGGCCGGGCUGUGAGGUGGGCAGGCAACAGCGGGCAAGACCAUCUCUGCAAGUGCAGCAUAGCCUCAGCCUAGGACAGCCGGAGUGCGUGGCCAAACCUGUGAGCAGAGGCACAGGUGGUGGCAGACAGUAGAGGCACCCCAUGGGGAACAUACUGACCUAUUGUGUGCGCCCCAGGGUCAACCUCGAGUUUGACCAGCAACAGGGGUUGGUGUGUCCCUCUGAAUCUGAGAUCUAUGAGGCAGGAGUUGGGGACAGGUUGGCAGGAGCGCCCAUGGCUGCUGCUGUACAGCCUGCUGAGGUGACUGUUGAAGUUGGUGAGGACCUCCAUAUGCACCACAUCUAUGACCGGGAGAUGCCUGAAGCUUUGGAGUUUAACCCUUCUGCCAAUCCAGAGGCAAGCACAAUAUUCCAGAGGAACUCUCAAACAGAUGCUUUGGGGUUUAACCCUUCUGCCAAUCCAGAGGCAAGCACAAUAUUCCAGAGGAACUCUCAAACAGAUGUUGUAGAAAUAAGAAGAAGCAACUAUACAAACCAUGUAUCUACUGAGCGUUUCAGUCAAAAAUGCAGAUUGUGUUUGACAAUAUUCCUUGAUGACAGCACAGCCAGCCAGCAUUAUCUUACAAUGACAAUAAUAUCUGUGACCUGGCAGAUACCUCAUCAUAUCAUGCAAAGAGAUGCAGAUAGAUCUUUGAGCAUAUUUGAUGAGCGGUUAUACUCAUAUACGGUUUCCACCGUGCCCAUUACCCAGACAAGAAAUGGAGGUGGCAGUUUAAAUAACUAUUCCUCCUCCAUUCCAUCGACUCCCAGCACCAGCCAGGAGGACCUUCACAUCAGUGUUCCUCCCACUGCCAACACACCCACGUCCGUUUGCAAGCAGUCCGUGCGCUGGUCCAACCUGUUUACAUCUGAGAAAGGGAGUGACCCAGACAAAGAGAAGAAAGCCCCGGAGAGUCAUGCUCACACCGUCGGGAGCGGCAGAGCCAUCCCCAUUAAACAGGGCAUGCUCUUAAAGCGAAGUGGGAAAUGGCUGAAGACAUGGAAAAAGAAACAUGUCACCCUGUGUUCCAAUGGCAUGCUCACCUAUUAUUCAAGCUUAGGUGAUUAUAUGAAGAAUAUUCAUAAAAAAGAGAUUGACCUUCGGACAUCUACCAUCAAAGUCCCAGGAAAGUGGCCACCCCUAGCCACAUCGGCCUGCGUGCCCAUCUCCAGCUCUAAAAGCAGUGGCCUAUCCAAGAACAUGAACGGUCUACGUACCGCAGCCAAUCCAGACACUGGGCUGGGUGACUCCAUAUGCAUGAGCCCCAGUAUCUCCAGCACUACCAGCCCCAAGCUCAGCCCGCCCCCGCCUCCUCAUGCCAAUAAAAAGAAACACCUAAAGAAGAAAAGCACCAACUUAAAAGAUGAUGGCCUGUCCAGCACUGCUGAGGAAGAAGAAGAAAACUUUAUCAUUGUGUCUGUCACUGGCCAAACGUGGCACUUUAAAGCCACGACGUAUGAGGAGCGGGACGCCUGGGUCCAAGUCAUCCAGAGCCAGAUCCUGGCCAGCCUGCAGUCAUGUGAGAGCAGUAAAAGCAAGUUCCGGCUGACCAGCCAGAGCGAGGCCAUGGCCCUGCAGUCGAUCCAAAACAUGCGUGGGAACUCCCACUGUGUGGACUGUGAGACCCCGAACCCUAAGUGGGCCAGUUUGAACUUGGGAGUCCUCAUGUGUAUUGAAUGCUCAGGAAUCCACCGCAGUCUUGGCACCUGCCUUUCCCGUGUGCGAUCUCUGGACCUGGAUGACUGGCCAGUUGAGCUCAUGAAGGUUAUGUCGUCUAUUGGCAAUGACCUAGCCAACAGCAUCUGGGAAGGGAGCAGCCAGGGGCAGACAAAACCUUCAGCAGAGUCAUCAAGGGAAGAAAAGGAGCGGUGGAUCCAUUCCAAAUAUGAGAAGAAGCUCUUUCUGGCCCCAGUACCCUGCACUGAGCUGUCCCUGGGCCAGCACCUGCUGCGGGCCACCGCUGAUGAGGACCUGCGGACAGUCAUCCUGCUGCUGGCACAUGGCUCCCGUGAGGAGGUGAACGAGACCUGUGGGGAGGGAGACGGCUGCACGGCGCUCCAUCUGGCCUGCCGCAAGGGGAAUGUGGUCCUGGCACAGCUCCUGAUCUGGUACGGGGUGGACGUCACGGCCCGAGAUGCCCACGGGAACACAGCGCUGACCUAUGCCCGGCAGGCCUCCAGCCAGGAGUGCAUCAACGUGCUUCUGCAGUACGGCUGCCCCGACGAAGAUGCAGAUAGAUCUUUGAGCAUAUUUGAUGAGCGGUUAUGCUCAUUUACGGUUUCCACCGUGCCCAUCACCCAGACAAGAAAUGGAGGUGGCAGUUUAAAUAACUAUUCCUCCUCCAUUCCAUCGACUCCCAGCACCAGCCAGGAGGACCUUCACAUCAGUGUUCCUCCCACUGCCAACACACCCACGUCCGUUUGCAAGCAGUCCGUGCGCUGGUCCAACCUGUUUACAUCUGAGAAAGGGAGUGACCCAGACAAAGAGAAGAAAGCCCCGGAGAGUCAUGCUCACACCGUCGGGAGCGGCAGAGCCAUCCCCAUUAAACAGGGCAUGCUCUUAAAGCGAAGUGGGAAAUGGCUGAAGACAUGGAAAAAGAAACAUGUCACCCUGUGUUCCAAUGGCAUGCUCACCUAUUAUUCAAGCUUAGGUGAUUAUAUGAAGAAUAUUCAUAAAAAAGAGAUUGACCUUCGGACAUCUACCAUCAAAGUCCCAGGAAAGUGGCCACCCCUAGCCACAUCGGCCUGCGUGCCCAUCUCCAGCUCUAAAAGCAGUGGCCUAUCCAAGAACAUGAACGGUCUACGUACCGCAGCCAAUCCAGACACUGGGCUGGGUGACUCCAUAUGCAUGAGCCCCAGUAUCUCCAGCACUACCAGCCCCAAGCUCAGCCCGCCCCCGCCUCCUCAUGCCAAUAAAAAGAAACACCUAAAGAAGAAAAGCACCAACUUAAAAGAUGAUGGCCUGUCCAGCACUGCUGAGGAAGAAGAAGAAAACUUUAUCAUUGUGUCUGUCACUGGCCAAACGUGGCACUUUAAAGCCACGACGUAUGAGGAGCGGGACGCCUGGGUCCAAGUCAUCCAGAGCCAGAUCCUGGCCAGCCUGCAGUCAUGUGAGAGCAGUAAAAGCAAGUUCCGGCUGACCAGCCAGAGCGAGGCCAUGGCCCUGCAGUCGAUCCAAAACAUGCGUGGGAACUCCCACUGUGUGGACUGUGAGACCCCGAACCCUAAGUGGGCCAGUUUGAACUUGGGAGUCCUCAUGUGUAUUGAAUGCUCAGGAAUCCACCGCAGUCUUGGCACCUGCCUUUCCCGUGUGCGAUCUCUGGACCUGGAUGACUGGCCAGUUGAGCUCAUGAAGGUUAUGUCGUCUAUUGGCAAUGACCUAGCCAACAGCAUCUGGGAAGGGAGCAGCCAGGGGCAGACAAAACCUUCAGCAGAGUCAUCAAGGGAAGAAAAGGAGCGGUGGAUCCAUUCCAAAUAUGAGAAGAAGCUCUUUCUGGCCCCAGUACCCUGCACUGAGCUGUCCCUGGGCCAGCACCUGCUGCGGGCCACCGCUGAUGAGGACCUGCGGACAGUCAUCCUGCUGCUGGCACAUGGCUCCCGUGAGGAGGUGAACGAGACCUGUGGGGAGGGAGACGGCUGCACGGCGCUCCAUCUGGCCUGCCGCAAGGGGAAUGUGGUCCUGGCACAGCUCCUGAUCUGGUACGGGGUGGACGUCACGGCCCGAGAUGCCCACGGGAACACAGCGCUGACCUAUGCCCGGCAGGCCUCCAGCCAGGAGUGCAUCAACGUGCUUCUGCAGUACGGCUGCCCCGACGAGUGCGUGUAGUAUCUGUUUUAUUUGACUGCAGUCUCCUUGGUGCAAAAAUGAAAUGGGAAAAAUAAGGAUAACUCACAAUUUCAAAAGGAAAUCACAAAUUCAGCUAAUAAUAGCAUUUUCAGUACUUUUCGUAAACUAAGUAAAUACACAAAAUGUUGAUUUUUCUGACCAUAAGACAUAUUUUAGGAGGGUGGAGCCAAGAUGGCCAAAUAGGAACAGCUCCGGUCUCCAGCUCCCAGCCGCAGCGACACAGAAGACGGGUGAUUUCUGCAUUUCUGCUUGAGGUACUGGUUUCAUCUCACUAGGGAGUGCCUAACAGUGGGUGCAGGACAGUUGAUGAAGCGCACUGUGCGCGAGCCGAAGCAGGGCAAGGCAUUGCCUCACUCGGGAAGCGCAAGGGGUCAGGGAGUUCCCUUUCCUAGUCAAAGAAAGGGGAAACAGACGGCACCUGGAAUAUCGGGUCAGUCCCAUCCUAAUACUGCGCUUUUCCAACGGGCCUGGAAAACGGCACACUAGGAGAUUGUGUCCCGCACCUGGCUCGAAGGGUCCUAUGCCCACGGAGUCUCGCUGAUUGCUAGCACAGCAUUCUGAGAUCAAGCUGCAAGGCGGCAGCGAGGCUGGGGGAGGGGCGCCCGCCAUUGCCCAGGCUUGCUUAGGUAAACAAAGCAGCCAGGAUGCUCGAACUGAGUGGAGCCCACCACAGCUCAAGGAGGCCUGCCUGCCUCUGUAGGCUCCACCUCUGGGGGCAGGGCACAGACAAACAAAAACUCAGCAAAAACCUCCACAGACUUAAAUGUCCCUGUCUGACUGACAGCUUUGAAGAGAGUAGUGGUUCUCCCAGCACGCAGCUGGAGAUCUGAGAACGGACAGACUGCCUCCUAAAGUGGGUCCCUCACCCCUGAGCAGCCUAACUGGGAGGCAUCCCCCCAGUAGGGACAGACUGACACCUCAUUCAGCCAGGUACUCCUCUGAGACAAAACUUCCAGAGGAACUAUCAGACAGCUGAAUUUGUGGUCUCAUGAAAAUAACGCUGUUCUGCAGCCACCGCUGCUGACACCCAGCCAAACAGGGUCUGGAGUGGACCUCUAGUAAACUCCAACAGACCUGCAGCUGAGGGUGCUGUCUGGUAGAAGGAAAACUAACAAACAGAAAGGACAUCCACACCAAAAACCCAUCUGUACAUCACCAUCAUCAAAGACAAAAAGUAGAUAAAACCACAAAGAUGGGGAAAAAACAGGGCAAAAAAACUGGAAACUCUAAAAAACAGAGCACCUCUCCUCCUCCAAAGGAACGCAGUUCCUCACCAGCAACGGAACAAAGCUGGAUGGAGGAUGACUUUGACGAGUUGAGAGAAGAAGGCUUCAGACGAUCAAACUACUCUGAGCUACGAGAGGAAAUUCAAAACAAUAGCAAAGAAGUUAAAAACUUUGAAAAAAAAUUAGAAGAAUGGAUAACUAGAAUAACCAAUGGAGAGAAGGGCUUAAAGGAGCUGAUGGAGCUGAAAGCCAAGUUUCGAGAACUACGCGAAGAUUGCAGAAGCCUCAGUAGCAGAUGCGAUCAACUGGAAGAAAGGGUAUCGCUGAUGGAAGAUGAAAUGAAUGAAAUGAAGAGAGAAGGGAAGUUUAGAGAAAAAAGAAUAAAAAGAAAUGAACAAAGCCUCCAAGAAAUUUGGGACUAUGUGAAAAGACCAAACCUACGUCUGAUUGGUGUACCUGAAAAUGAUGGGGAGAAUGGAACCAAGUUGGAAAACACUCUGCAAGAUAUUAUCCAGGAGAACUUCCCCAAUCUAGCAAGGCAGGCCAGCAUUCAGAUUGAGGAAAUACAGAGAAUGCCACAAAGAUACUCCUCGAGAAGAGCAACUCCAAGACACAUAAUUGUCAGAUUCACCAAAGUUGAAAUGAAGGAAAAAAUGUUAAGGGCAGCCAGAGAGAAAGGUCGGGUUACCCACAAAGGGAAGCCCAUCAGACUAACAGCUGAUCUCUCAGCAGAAACUCUACAAGCCAGAAGAGAGUGGGGGCUGAUAUUCAACAUUCUUAAAGAAAAGAAUUUUCAACCCAGAAUUUCCUAUCCCGCCAAACUAAGCUUCAUAAGUGAAGGAGAAAUAAAAUACUUUACAGACAAGCAAACGCUGAGUGAUUUUGUCACCACCAGGCCUGCCCUAAAAGAGCUCCUGAAGGAAGCACUAAACAUGGAAAGGAACAACCGGUACCAGCCACUGCAAAAACACGCCAAAUUGUAAAGACCAUCGAGGCUAGGAAGAAACUAUAGCAACUAACGAGCAAAAUAACCAACUAACAUCAUAAUGACAGGAUCAGAUUCACACAUAACAAUAUUAACGUUAAAUGUAAAUGGGCUAAAUGCUCCAAUCAAAAGACACAGGCUGGCAAACUGGAUAAGGAGUCAGGACCCAUCAGUGUGCUGUAUUCAGGAAACCCAUCUCACGUGCAGAGACACACAUAGACUCAAAAUAAAGGGAUGGAGGAAGAUCUAUCAAGCAAAUGGAAAACAAAAAAAGGCAGGGGUUGCAAUCCUAGUCUCUGAUAAAAUAGACUUUAAACCAACAAAGAUCAAAAGAGACAAAGAAGGCCAUUACAUAAUGGUAAAGGGAUCAAUUCAACAAGAAGAGCUAACUAUCCUAAAUAUAUAUGCACCCAACACAGGAGCACCCAGAUUCAUAAAGCAAGUCCUCAGUGACCUACAAAGGGACUUAAACUCCCACACAAUAAUAAUGGGAGAUUUUAAUACCCCACUGUCAACAUUAGACAGAUCAAUGAGACAGAAAGUUAACAAGGAUAUCCAGGAAUUGAACUCAGCUCUACAUAAAGUGGACCUAAUAGACAUCUACAGAACUCUCCACCCCAAGUCAACAGAAUAUACAUUUUUUUCAGCACCACACCACACCUAUUCCAAAAUUGACCACAUAGUUGGAAGUAAAGCUCUCCUCAGCAAAUGUAAAAGAACAGAAAUUAUAACAAACUGUCUCUCAGACCACAGUGCAAUCAAACUAGAACUCAGGAUUAAGAAACUCAGUCAAAACCGCUCAACUACAUGGAAACUGAACAACCUGCUCCUGAAUGACUAUUGGGUACAUAAUGAAAUGAAGGCAGAAAUAAAGAUAUUCUUUGAAACCAACGAGAACAAAGACACAACAUACCAGAAUCUCUGGGACACGUUCAAAGCAGUGUGUAGAGGGAAAUUUAUAGCACUAAAUGCCCAUAAGAGAAAGCAGGAAAGAUCCAAAAUUGACACCCUAACAUCACAAUUAAAAGAACUAGAAAAGCAAGAGCAAACACAUUCAAAAACUAGCAGAAGGCUAGAAAUAACUAAAAUCAGAGCAGAACUGAAGGAAAUAGAGACACAAAAAAACCCUUCAAAAAAUUAGUGAAUCCAGGAGCUGGUUUUUUGAAAAGAUCAACAAAAUUGAUAGACCGCUAGCAAGACUAAUAAGAAAAGAGAGAAGAAUCAAAUAGAUGCAAUAAAAAAUGAAAAAGGGGAUAUCACCACCGACCCCACAGAAAUACAAUCUACCAUCAGAGAAUACUACAAACACCUCUAUGCAAAUAAACUAGAAAAUCUAGAAGAAAUGGAUAAAUUCCUCGACAAAUACACCCUCCCAAGACUAAGCCAGGAAGAAGUUGAAUCUCUGAAUAGACCAAUAACAGGUUCUGAAAUUGUGGCAAUAAUCAAUAGCUUACCAACCAAAAAGAGUCCAGGACCUGAUGGAUUCACAGCUGAAUUCUAUCAGAGGUACAAGGAGGAACUGGUACCAUUCCUUCUGAAACUAUUCCAAUCGAUAGAAAAAGAGGGAAUCCUCCCUAACACAUUUUACGAAGCCAGCAUCGUCCUGAUACCAAAGCCUGGCAGAGACAUAACCAAAAAAGAGAAUUUCAGACCAAUAUCCUUGAUGAACAUUGAUGCAAAAAUCCUCAAUAAAAUACUGGCAAACCGAAUCCAGCAGCACAUCAAAAAGCUUAUCCACCAUAAUCAAGUGGGCUUCAUCCCUGGGAUGCAAGGCUGGUUCAACAUACGCAAAUCAAUAAAUGUAAUCCAGCAUAUAAACAGAACCAAAGACAAAAACCACAUGAUUAUCUCAAUAGAUGCAGAAAAAGCCUUUGACAAAAUUCAACAAUGCUUCAUGCUAAAAACUCUCAAUAAAUUAGGUAUUGAUGGGACAUAUCUCAAAAUAAUAAGAGCUAUCUAUGACAAACCCACAGCCAAUAUCAUACUGAAUGGGCAAAAACUGGAAGCAUUCCCUCUGAAAACUGGCACAAGACAGGGAUGCCCUCUCUCACCGCUCCUAUUCAACAUAGUGCUGGAAGUUCUGGCCAGAGCAAUCAGGCAGGAGAAGGAAAUAAAGGGUAUUCAAUUAGGAAAAGAGGAAGUCAAAUUGUCCCUGUUUGCAGCUGACAUGAUUGUAUAUCUAGAAAACCCCAUUGUCUCAGCCCAAAAUCUCCUUAAGCUGAUUAGCAACUUCAGCAAAGUCUCAGGAUACAAAAUUAAUGUACAAAAAUCACAAGCAUUCUUGUACACCAAUAACAGACAGAGAGCCAAAUCAUGAGUGAACUCCCAUUCACAAUUGCUUCAAAGAGAAUCAAAUACCUACGAAUCCAACUUACAAGGGAUGUGAAGGACCUCUUCAAGGAGAACUACAAACCACUGCUCAAUGAAAUAAAAGAGGAUACAAACAAAUGGAAGAACAUUCCAUGCUCAUGGGUUGGAAGGAUCAAUAUCGUGAAAAUGGCCAUACUGCCCAAGGUAAUUUAUAGAUUCAAUGCCAUCCCCAUCAAGCUACCAAUGACUUUCUUCACAGAAUUGGAAAAAACUACUUUAAAGUUCAUAUGGAACCAAAAAAGAGCCCGCAUCGCCAAGUCAAUCCUAAGCCAAAAGAACAAAGCUGGGGGCAUCACGCUACCUGACUUUAAACUAUACUACAAGGCUACAGUAACCAAAACAGCAUGGUACUGGUACCACAACAGAGACAUAGAUCAAUGGAACAGAACAGAGCCCUCAGAAAUGAUGCCGCAUAGCUACAACUAUCUGAUCUUUGACAAACCUGACAAAAACAAGAAAUGGGGAAAGGAUUCCCUAUUUAAUAAAUGGUGCUGGGAAAACUGGCUAGCCAUAUGUAGAAAGCUGCAACUGGAUCCCUUCCUUACACCUUAUACAAAAAUUAAUUCAAGAUGGAUUAAAGACUUAUAUGUUAGACCUAAAACCAUUAAAAUCCUACAAGAAAACCUAGGCAAUACCAUUCAGGACAUAGGCGUGGGCAAGGACUUCAUGUCUAAAACACCAAAAGCAAUGGCAACAAAAGCCAAAAUUGACAAAUGGGAUCUCAUUAAACUAAAGAGCUUCUGCACAGCAAAAGAAACUACCAUCAGAGUGAACAGGCAACCUACAGAAUGGGAGAAAAUUUUUGCAACCUACUCAUCUGACAAAGGGCUAAUAUCCAGAAUCUACAAUGAACUCAAACAAAUUUACAAGAAAAAACAAACUACUGCAUCAAAAAGUGGGCAAAGGACAUGAACAGACACUUCUCAAAAGAAGACAUUUAUGCAGCCAAAAAAACACAUGAAGAAAUGCUCCUCAUCACUGGCCAUCAGAGAAAUGCAAAUCAAAACCACAGUGAGAUACCAUCUCACACCAGUUAGAAUGGCCAUCAUUAAAAAAUCAGGAAACAACAGGUGCUGGAGAGGAUGUGGAGAAAUAGGAACACUUUUACACUGUUGGUGGGACUGUAAACUAGUUCAACCAUUGUGGAAGUCAGUGUGGCGAUUCCUCAGGGAUCUCGAACUAGAAAUACCAUUUGACCCAGCCAUCCCAUUACUGGGUAUAUACCCAAAGGACUAUAAAUCAUGCUGCUAUAAAGACACAUGCACACGUAUGUUUAUUGCGGCACUAUUCUCAAUAGCAAAGACUUGGAACCAACCCAAAUGUCCAACAACGAUAGACUGGAUUAAGAAAAUGUGGCACAUAUACACCAUGGAAUACUACGCAGCCAUAAAAAAUGAUGAGUUCGUGUCCUUUGUAGGGACAUGGAUGAAACUGGAAAACAUCAUUCUCAGUAAACUAUCGCAAGGACAAAAAACCAAACACCGCAUGUUCUCACUCAUAGGUGGGAAUUGAACAAUGAGAACUCAUGGACACAGGAAGGGGAACAUCACGCUCCGUGGACUGUUGUGGGGUGGGGGGAGGGGGGAGGGACAGCAUUAGGAGAUACACCUAAUGCUAAAUGACGAGUUAAUGGGUUCAGGAAAUCAACAUGGCACAUGGAUACAUAUGUAACAAACCUGCACAUUGUGCACAUGUACCCCAAAACCCUAAAGUAUAGUAAAAAAAAAAAAAAGACAUAUUUUAUGUCCUUUUGCCAAGGUGGAUGUGUUAGUCUUAGGCCCUCCUGGGCCACAUUGCCCAAAUCACACAGGCUUCUGUAUUAUGUAUAUAGAUAAGAUGUGUGAAAAUAGAUUUGAAAAAACGUUCAUAAAUAUGCAUUGAUUUUUGUACA